GCUGGAGUAUAAGAAGGACCGGUGUGCAAGGGGAGACCCACAACGCUGAAGGAACCCAGGGAGCUUCUAACUGGACGCACGGGAGCCGCAAUCAAGAAAUCCCCAAAGCAGGCCUUUUUUUUUAUCCGGCGCCGACAUGAUGUCCCAGCACGCGGCUUUGACCAGCCUGUUCGGCGACGACCCUUUCUUCAGCCAGGAGCAGCUGCUGUGGCCGCUGCGUCGCGAGGCUCUUUCCUCUCUGCAGCAGGACUUCUUCAACCGGAGAGCCACGCUGGCCGACAGCCUCCUGAGGGAGCUGCACGACGGGCCACAGCUGCUCAAGCUUCGACAGCUGCCGCUCAUUUCCUCCACGCUGGCGAGGCUGACUGACGAUGAGGAGCAGCAGAGGGAGGUUUGCAGCACGGAGUCGCACAAGGACGCCCAGCAAGCCAACAGCGACCUCCUGGUGACCCUGGACGCCCGCGGUUACGCCCCCAAUGACAUCACCGUGAAGCUGGAGGGGCGGAAGCUGGCGGUGGUGGCCAUGAAGCAGGCCGGGGCAGAGGAGAGCCAGUCGUGCUCCUCGGCAACCUCCAGCGCCUCCUUCUGCUCCUCGGCGUCCUCCCAGAUGGGCUUCGUCCAGAAGAUCGACCUGCCCGCUCACCUGGAUCUGUCCGGCCUCUCCUGUUCCCUCAUGGACGACGGACAGCUCCGUAUUCACGCCCCCGUGGCCCAGCAGCAGCCAAUCGACGAGGAGCGCCAGGUGCCCGUCCGGUUCAGGACGUCGUUGGAGUUUCCCAUCAAAAAGGAUGGAGCAGAGAAGGAGCACACAGACUGAAGCAGAUUGACGCGACAUGUUUUUAUGCACACACUCCCACCGAGAGACAAUGUGACGAGUAAAGUUUACAGCUAUUGAAUGAAGAGAGUAUUUAUUUUAUAAUUAUAUGCAAUUUGUAUAAACUGUGAAAAUAAAAAUAAAAAGGCUGAAUGGAAAAUGAUUUCAGACUUUUGUCACCACACGAUGGUGCCAGCAGCCAACACAUAUGGAGGGAGGAGACAGAAGAGUUGCAGCAUUUCCUCCAGCUCCCCUCUGGUGACUGAGUUGGUAACCUCUGAAAGGUUCCAGUGACGUUUGGUUUCCUGGGGGGGGAAGUUAUUUGCUGGCGCGCCGGCUCAGGUGACGACAAAAAAGCAGCAGUUUAAUGUCUUUUAAGUCUUACCUUGAGGGCGUCAUGACAGAGAGCAGGAGAAAUAAAGCCGUCAGGGGGAAAUGAGAGCGAACAAAUGACCUCUUUUUAAAGGGUUAGUUCACCAAGAAUUCAAACCUCUAGUGUGUCGUGGGUAUUUAGCCGUGCAAGUAGUUGUUGGUUAUAUUUUUGGGGAAGAUGCUGAAAGACGGAGGCAUGAAGGUGGAUGGAACUGAGUUGCAGAACAUAUAAAGUGAAUUAAAGAUGUUCAAUCGCAGCAUCUUCUUUAAGAAGUGCCACUAAUCCAACAAGUCAGGCUUAAGUAAUCUCAUGUCUUCAGUUUGAUGUGGUCUGUUUGGAAACUGCAACACUUGACUAAGAAAAACGAAAUGAUGGUUUAUUCAGUGACUUGUUAGUAUUAAUAAAUGAAGCAUUUCUAGCACACAAGAACCCAAUAAGACAUGCAGAACUUUGUCGUCAACUAAUCCUCUUGAUUUAUUUAAAUUUAGAAUGUUUUCAGAAAGUGUUCUCUACUUUUUGUACAUUUUAUGUGUCGUAAAUUCAUUUUAAAUGAAAGUUCAAUUACAAAUUAUCACCGGAAAACACUAAAAUCUCUCAUUUACAAAGUAUAUUCCACAUCUGGUCAGUUUAAUUAUCCUUGCUUUGUCUAGAACGUCACUGGAGUCCACCUGUGACGGAUGAUUUGGACACCUGUUUUAUAUAUAGAGUGCAUCUCAGGACAAAAAUCAAGCCACGAAAUCCGAGGAAAUCCCAGUAGACCUCUGCGAUAAAAUUGCAGUGAGAACAAGGGUAUAAAACCAUUUGUAAAGCCGUGUGUUCCCAGGAGCACAUGUGGCCUCAAUCAUUGUGAAAUGGAAGAAGUCUGAAGCCACCGAGACGCUUCCUGGAGCCGGCUGACCAAACGAGAAGGGCCUCAGUCAGGGAGGAGACCAGGAAUCCAACGGACACUCGAACAGAGAUUCAGAAGUCGUCUGCAGAGGUGAAGAACAAAAGACAACCAACACAAACUCUUUUUGCUCGUGUCGCAUUUUUCCUCACUGUAGCUUUUCUCUGCAGUAUAAAGUCCUGCACCUCUAUGGAAACAGCACGACCGUGUCUAGAAGCAGAAAGAACUCAGAAACGUCUAUUGCGUAGUAUAACACAGACUAUUUGAGUUAGAUUGUUGUUUUCAAUAAAUUGCCUGCUCACA